AUGGCCCAGGGUGUUCUGGUGCCAAGCACACUUAGGAACUGCCCUCUGCUGGAGGUCCAACAACAAAGCACCACUUGGGUUCGGAUCAAGAAGGCCCACCCCCCUACAGGUUUCUCCAUCGCUCCCCAUUGGAGCGCUGAAGGGAUCCAGCAGAACUAUAGAGAUAAAGAUGAUUUCUUUGUUUUCACUUUGCAUCAACCCAUGGACGUCGCCUCCUCGCUGGUCCGCCCGUUCCUCCUCCUCCUCCUCCUCUUCGUCCUUCUGUCCUCCCUCCCCUCCGGCUCCUCCAUGCUGUGUCCGAAGCGGUGCUCCUGCCAGAACCUGCUGCCCUCCUACACCGUGCUAUGUGCCAAGACGGGCCUCCUCUUCGUCCCGCCCAACAUCGACCGCCAGACGGCCGAGCUCAGGCUGAUGGACAACUUCAUCACAACGCUGAGGCACCGCGACUUCGCCAAUAUGUCCAGCCUGAUCCACCUGACCCUAAGCAGAAACACCAUCAGUCAGAUCCGGCCGUACGCCUUCGCUGACCUCCAGGACCUCCACGCUCUCCACCUGGACGCCAACCGCCUCACAUCCCUGGACGACUCCCACUUCCAGGGCCUGGUGAACCUGCGUCACCUCAUCAUGGCCAACAACCAACUGCAAAGCAUAACAGAGGGAGCCUUUCAGGACUUCCUGGAGACUCUGGAGGACUUGGAUUUGAGCUACAACAACCUGGUGAACAUCCCAUGGGACACCAUCGCCCUGCUGGUCAGCGUCAACACCCUCAGCCUCGACCAUAACCUCAUAGAGAACGUCCCAGAGGGAAUCUUCUCCAACCUGCACAAACUGGCCAGACUGGACAUGACGUCCAACAAGCUGAAGAAGAUUCCUCCAGACCCGCUGUUCCUGCGGAUCCCGGUGUACGCCAAGAUGAAGGGCUCCCCUCUCACAGCGCUGGUGUUGAGUUUCGGGGGGAACCCGCUGCACUGUAACUGUGAGCUGGUCUGGCUUCGCAGGCUGACCAGAGAGGACGACCUGGAGACCUGCGCUUCACCGAAAGAGCUGGCCGGAAAAUACUUCUGGACGAUUAGAGAGGAGGAGUUUGUUUGCGAGCCACCGAUGAUAACUCGCCACACCUCCAAGAUGUUCGUGAUGGAGGGUCAGGAGGUCAGCCUGCGCUGCAAGUCCAUCGGAGAUCCUGAGCCGUCCACGCAUUGGGUCAGCCCUGAAGGAAAGCUGAUCGGCAACACGUCCAGAACCAUCUGCUACGAGAACGGCUCGCUGGACAUCCUCAAGGCCUCGGUCAAGGAUUCUGGAAAGUUCACGUGUAUAGCGUCCAAUGCAGCCGGGGAGGCCACUGCCCCAGUUGAGUUGGUCGUCAACCCCUCGCCGCACUUUGACCCCAAACUGGACCCCGACCCGGGGCCUUCGGACAUCCCCACGUCCAUCAAGUCCAACGCCAGCGGCGGCCAGGCGCGGUCCGAUCAGCAGAGGGUCAGCGUGUCGGAUCUAACGUCCGGCUCUGCCACCAUCAGAUGGCCCCCGCAGAACCACAUACCAGGGGUCCGUAUGUACCAGAUCCAGUACAACAGCUCCUCAGAUGACAUCCUCAUAUAUAGGAUGAUCCCAGCCGACCACAAGUACUUCCUACUGAGUGACCUGGCGUCGUCGCGGGACUACGAGCUGUGUGUGCUGGCCGUCUACGAUGACGGCAUCACCGCCCUGACAGGCACCAAGCUGGUGGGCUGCGUGUCCUUCUCCACGGAGACGGAGUACGGCCGCUGUCACUCGAUACGGGACCAGUUCCUGGGAGGUACCAUGAUCAUCAUCAUCGGGGGGAUCAUCGUCGCCUCUGUCCUCGUCUUCAUCUUCAUCCUCCUGAUGAAGUACAAGCUACACAGUAACCACUACAAGCAGAAAGCGGCCGCGCGCCACGCCAACGUCUGCUCCCAGACCAACGGAGGGGGCGGAGGGGGAGCCAACAUCCCGCCUCCGUCCUCCACCUCUGCAGGGCAGGGUGGAGGUGCUAAUAAAAACUCCCAACCGUCAUCGUCAGCGGAGGGGAUGGGAGCUUCUCUUCGGGGGACGACUGUAGUAGACUUAAAUCCCACCCACGACGAUGACGCCAUCUCCCAAUAA